AUGUAUACAGUCAGUCUCCUAUCAAGAUUCAUGCACAGUCUAAGUCAAGUUCACUACGGAGCAGCCAAGAGAGUCCUUAGAUACUUGCAAGGGACAAAGAACUACGGAAUAUGGUAUGGAGUCAUGCAAGAGUCAAAAAUCAUUGGCUACACAAAUAGUGACUGGGCAGGAUCAGUUGACGACAUGAAAAGUACGUCAGGAUAUGCUUUCACAAUUGGAUCAGGGAUAUUUUCCUGGGCAUCAAAGAAACAAGCGACAAUUGCGCAAUCAUCAGCUGAAGCAGAGUAUAUUGUCGCAGCAAUGACUACAAGCCAAGCUAUAUGGCUAAAAAGAAUACUUGAAGACAUGGGAGAAUCAUAA